AUGUAUUUACCUACACUUAGCACUGUUCUUGCAUUUGCUAGCAUCGCCACAUGUACUCCCCUUGAUCCUCGGCAGCAAACAGCUACAGCACUCGAUGCUGCUAUGAAAGCGCGAGGCCGCUCAUACAUUGGCACUUCGUUGACGAUCCGCAAUGACAAUACCGAGCAAAAUAUCAUCCGCAGUGCGGAGUUUGGUUCUAUUACGCCUGAGAAUGCGAUGAAGUGGGAUGCUACAGAACCCAAUCGCGGUCAAUUCAACUGGGGAAACGCGGAUGCUGUCGCGAACUUUGCGACGCAGAACGGAAAGCAGAUGCGCUGCCAUACAUUGGUCUGGUACAGUCAGUUGCCGAACUGGGUAAACCAGAUCAACAACAAUGCCACAUUGAUGAGUGUGAUGGAGAACCACAUCAAACAAGUCAUGGGAAGAUACAAGGGAAAAUGCACCCACUGGGAUGUUGUCAAUGAAGCCCUCAACGAGGACGGCACAAACAGAGACAACGUCUUCCUCCGCGUAAUCGGCGAGCAGUACCUUCCCAUCGCCUUCCGCAUGGCUGCCGCCGCCGAUCCAGCCGCAAAGCUUUACUACAACGACUACAACCUUGAAUACGGCACGGCCAAACAUCUAGGCGCCCUCCGGAUCGUGAAGCUCGUUCAAUCCUGGGGCGCAAAGAUUGACGGCGUGGGUCUACAGGGCCAUCUAGUUUCGGAACCCACCGGCACCCAGAGCGAAGUCACACCGAGUGUAGCGGUGCUGACCAAGGUGCUACAGGAUUAUGCGAACCUGGGUGUUGACGUUGCGUACACGGAGUUGGAUGUACGAUCUCGCACACCGAGUAAUGCGCAGAAGUUGGCGGAUGCGGCGGCAGCUUGGGCGAGGGUUGCUCAGAGUUGUAUCAAUGUGCAGCGUUGCGUGGGCAUGACGAUCUGGGGUAUUGCGGAUAGGUAUUCUUGGGUUCCUGGUACUUUCAAUGGAGAGGGGUCUGCGUUGCUAUGGACGGAUAACUUCCAGAAGAAGCCUGCUUAUACAGCAUUUUUGGAUGUGUUGAAUGGCAAAAAUGUGACGACGGUGUAA